AUGAUCGACCCUAUGGCGAUGGACAUCGAUCUCUCGCUACAAGAGCUCAUCCACCGAGAUCAACACCAUCCCGGGUCAUCCAGACACCAGCGGACAAGGUACACCGGUCGAGCUUCUCAUGUACCAAAUUCGCAAUCUCUUCGGCAACCCGCUUCAGGGCAUCCUUACCGUACCUUUCGACGACCACCCACCGCUCCUCGAGCGAUGAUCCAUUCUCCGACCGUAUUCUUUCGACCUUUCCCCUCUGACGCAUCCUUCAACGAAGCGCGAGAACUUUUCGAAUCGACCAUCGGACCGAUCCAGAGUCUCGUGAGGUAUGCCGACGGGGUCAGAGUGACGUUCAAAGACGUGCAAUCAGCAAGCCGAGCCAUCGCGAUGUUCGACAGGAGAUUUUGGAGAGACACGGAUAUAUGGAUCAGGGUAGAGAGGUGCGGAGUCGGGCUAACGCUCAGAUCCUCUCGGACAACGAGUCAGAGUUCCGAGAAGGCGAGACGUAUUGACUGA